ACGGGAUCAUGAUAGCGGACUUCGAUUUCGACCAGUCCCAGGCGGACGGUAGGGGAAGGGGAGUUGCUGUCCUACAGGAAAUGAAGUCGGACGACGUUAUCGUGGAGGUUCCCGCCAGCAGCUUCUUGAGCAUCUGGUCCGUCAAAGACGUCCCCGAGCUGUCCAAGAUCUUCGGCGAGGAGAAGAGUAUCGACAGCUUCACCGGGCUCAUGAUCCUCCUCCUGCACGAAGCGAACAAGGAGACGAGCGCCUGGAGGAAGUAUCUGUGCUCCCUUCCGCUCUACAUGCCCCUCCCCUUCAUGUGGAGCGACGCUGACAUCCCUGCUGACUUCAUGCGGAUGCCGGAGGUCGUCGAGGAGAGGAAGAUGCUCUUGGAGUACACGUCUCUCAGCUACAACUCCACCAUCGCCCCGCUCAUCCUCAAGUAUCCUCAAGUCUUCCCGGAGGAUCGCUUCACCAAGUCCAAGUGGGCCUGGGCCCUCAGUAUCGUCGUCUCUCGCUCCAUCGCCAUGAAGAGGACGGGGGGCGUGCUGGGCUACUCCUGGAGCCUCGCUGACCCCGAGGUCCUCGACGUUGCCAACGUCCUCGAGGCCCUCAAGUCUGGCAAAUCUGAUGCGCACGUGGCGCCGGUUCUUGUUCCCGUUGUCGACAUGAUGAAUCACGACUCGAAUUCAAGCUUGGCGUGCAAGAUGAAGCAGAAGACGGACGGGACGAUAAUCGUGACAGCAGCGGACGAGGGUCUACAGAGAGGAUACGAGGUUGCGAUUAACUACUCCCCCAAGCUUUGCGGGAACAAACCUCUCAACCGCUGGGGCUUCGUGCUUCCUCCAUGCGAGGGGCAAGCCGCAAACUCGGAGGCUGCCGCAGAGGAAGAGAAGGCUGAAGCCAAGUAGCUGGGGAACUGAGAAA